AUGGCUCUCAAAGCCGUCCACGUCUCCGACGUUCCCUCCCUCGACCUCGUCCCGGAGAAUCCCUCCCUCUCCCUCCUCAACCGUUUCCCCAACGGUUUGGAGAUGAACAAUGGAGGAUUCAAAUUGCCGAAGUUCGUUGUGAUCGGACACAGAGGAAACGGUAUGAAUGUUAUUCAAUCUUCUGACCGGAGAAUGAGAGCCAUCAAAGAAAACUCCAUCAUGUCUUUCAACGCCGCUUCUUCUUUUCCUCUUGAUUUCAUUGAAUUCGACGUUCAGGUCACCAAAGAUGACUGCCCAGUCAUUUUCCAUGAUGAUUACAUCUACUCUCAGGAAAAUGGUAAUGUGUUUGGGAAGAGGAUACCUGAGUUGUAUUUAUCUGAGUUUCUUUCCUAUGGGCUUCAAAGAGAGGAUGGAACGGAAGGAAAAGCUUUGGUAAGAAAAACAAAAGAUGGAAGGAUAUGUAAUUGGGAAGUUGAACAAGAUGACACACUUUGUACCCUUCAAGAAGCUUUUCUCAAGGUUGAACCUUCUUUGGGUUUUAACAUUGAGUUGAAAUUUGAUGACCAUAUUGUUUAUGAACAAGCUUAUCUCAUUCAUGUCCUUCAAACCAUCUUAAAGAUUGUUAUGGAUUAUGCCAAGGAUAGGCCUAUUAUAUUCUCUACUUUUCAACCUGAUGCUGCUAUACUUGUUAGGGAAUUGCAAAGAACUUACCCUGUUUUCUUUUUGACUAAUGGAGGGUGUGAAUUCUAUGAAGAUUCGAGGAGAAACUCCUUGGAAGAAGCUUUAAAGCUCUGUUUGGAAAAUGGAUUGGAAGGAAUAGUCUCUGAGAUUAAAGGAAUUUUUAGAAAUCCAGGAGCAGUAAGCAAGAUCAAGGAGUCCAAUCUUUCUCUUUUAACAUAUGGAAAAUUGAAUAAUGUUCCAGAAGCGGUAUACAUGCAGCACCUAAUGGGAAUUGAUGGGGUGAUAGUAGAUUUUGUGCAAGAGAUAACAGAAGCAGUUGCAGAUAUGAUGAAACCAUCAAAAAUGGGUGAGGAAGAGGGAUUGAGUGAGGGAAAUGAGAAGGUGGAAGGGAAGUCAAAGCCUCAAUUUUCACAGCUUGAGCUGUCUUUUCUUUACAAGCUCAUUCCACAAUUGCUUUUGUUAUAA